AUGGCCGAUGCGCCGAAUGAGAUUCGGGGGCAGCCCCUCAGCUCGGGCGGAAAAGCUUCCGGUGAGGUGCUGGUGUCUUCUGUUGGGCUCAGCUUUUGGGGUGGCGUGUCCCCGAAGACCGGUGCCAUCAUCGAUCGCCACCACCCUCUGCAUGGGUCCAGUCUGCGGGACAAGAUCUUUGUCCUGCCGGGUGGACGAGGCUCCUGUACGGGCAGCCAGGUGAUAUUGGAGCUGCUCCUCAACGGCAACGGGCCUGCUGCCAUAGUGUUGCGAGACCCGGAUGAGAUCAUCGCUCUCGGUGCUAUCGUGGCAGAAGAGAUGUUUGACGUUCGACUGCCGGUGAUGAGCGUGGGAGAUGCCGGCUUCGCUCGCUUGCUAUCCUCGAAUGCUGGACACGCCAUCCUUGAAGAUGGUUCGUUGUUCCUGGGGCAGACUGUCACAGCGGGCCAAGCUCCGGCAGAGCGACUCCCAAGCGACGAGGUCCAGGUGGAGCUCAGUGCAGACGAUCAGAGCAUGCUGGCGGGAGUCGAGGGCCCCGCAAGACAAGCAGCGAUGCGCAUCAUCAUUCGCAUGGCCAGGGUCUUUGGGGUGAAGGACUUGAUCAGCGUCAGCCAGUCACACAUCGAUGGCUGUACUUACAUCGGCCCUGCGAGCCUGAAGUUUGCAGAUAAGCUUCGGAGUUGGGGCGCGGAGGUGCGUGUUCCGACAACUCUGAAUGCCAUUUCUGUGGACAGAUUCAAUUGGCGGACGCUUGGCGUCCCGGCAGAUUCGGGAGAGCCUGCGGAGGCUCUCGCGAAUGCCUACGUCUCGAUGGGCGCUGCGCCGAGCUUUACGUGUGCGCCCUACCUGUUGGAGAACGCCCCGCGUUUAGGGGAGCAGAUUGGAUGGGGGGAAUCCAAUGCCGUGGUCUUUGCCAACAGCAUUUUGGGAGCACGAACCCAGAAGUACGCGGACUUUCUGGAUGCAUGUGUAGCGAUUACCGGCCGAGCGCCUCGUGCUGGCUGUCAUGUUGACGGGGACCGGAUGCCGGAGCUCAUCCUGGCAGCCCCAGAGCUGGAUCCAGGCCAGCUGGAUGAUGCAUUUUAUCCAACCUUGGGAUACCUUUGUGGCCUUCGAUCUCCCCACUCAGUGCCGGCCAUCACGGGUCUUGAGCACUUGGCACCGACGCGGGACGACUUGAAGGCCUUCAGCGCGGCCUUUGGAACCUGCUCCUCGGCGGCGAUGUUCCACCUCGUGGGCCUCACUCCCGAGGCACCCGACUUGCAGAGCGUGCUCCCGGAAAGGCAGCUGGAGGUCAUACAACUUGGGCAGGACGACCUCAAGUCUGCUUGGACAGACCUCGACGCCGACGCCGAUGGUGCGAGCGAAGUUGAUCUCGUCGCGCUCGGGAAUCCGCAUUUCUCGCUGGAAGAGCACCGACGCCUUGCCGAGCUGUGCCAGGGACGCACGAAGCAUCCACUUGUAUCUGUGGUCCUCACCGCCGGCCCGCAGGUUCUGGCCCAAGCGCGUGACCGAGGAUACUCAGCGACUCUGGAGGAGUUUGGUGUUCAACUGGUUAGCGACACCUGCUGGUGCAUGUUGGGAGAGGCUGCCGGUGGUGCCAGCACCGGCCUCUGUGCUCCCAGCCUCAAGCCGAGUGUUGAUGACAAAUUCGGCCAAGUAUGCACAUUACGCUCCAGGCCUGGUGGGUCGCAAGGUUCGCUUUGGUUCUCUGGCCGGUUGCGUCGAUGCUGCCUGUGGACGCACAGUCGGUGCUGGGAAGCCUGCCUGGCUGAUGCCGGGAGGAAUGCAGUCUCGGGCAAGAGCUUACCUGGCCUGGGCAGCAAACCGGGCCCUGCGAUGCCGGGGAAGAUAAAAGGUAGCAUGCGACUUGCGACGCUGCACUCAGUUCCUGGCGAUGACUGGAUGAGGGAAGCAGAAGCACGGCAGGAACGAGCUUCUCAGUCGUAUCUGCGUGUGCAGGAGCAGGUUCAUGCGCUGGUGGACUUCUUGGCGCAGGAGCAUGUCCGGCAGCCCCAAGGCCGAGAAGGCCCACGGGAGAAGGAGAUCCCUCGUGCGACGUCCGGCAACAAGCCGAACCCACAAGCCGUUGCGAAACUGGCUCAGCGGGCUGAACUCGCCGAAAAUCCGAUGCUCAGCGAGCGGUUGAGGCGGAUCUUCAGUCCCCCCUCGCGGGGAAACUCCGUGGACAGCCCACCACGGGAAGACUUCGUAAGCGGGUGCCUACGAAGUGAGGAACAAUAUCGCACAGCACAGGUGGUCAAGAUUGCUCCGCCCUACGCUGGAGCCGAAGGGGCUACGCCACGUGACCGUGAGACACAGGCUGCCGAAACACGAGCAGGCAGCCAUUCUUCAUGUCGUGGGAUCGGCCGAGCGGGCAGCAAGGGCUCAAUCACUCCAGGCCCAGCAACGGCACCGGCAACUCCGGCAGCAUCGCCGCAAGCUGGAGGCUUGGUGGCACGAGCGGCACCUGCCACGGCUGCGCAGGCCAACGCAUGGGUGCAGCGGGCCACGAGCGGACACACCACUCCCACAGCUUCGGGGUUGAGGCAAGUGACUGGAGGCAAGCCCGUCGCUUCAUGCUGUUUACCUUGGGUGACCUUAACGCAUUACAGUUUGAUCAGGCACUCCUGGUGCCCCUCUGACCAUGGUCACCCCGCAGUUUGGGCAGUCGGAGACUUUGUCGGCAGGUCGCCAUCAAUAAGUUACAGAAGUGAUGCUCUUCAGGGUCUUUGUGGCCAAGCCGGCCAACGCUCCAAUCGUGGCUGUUGCCGUCAGCUCAGUCUUCGAGAUGUGGCGUGCAUUCUGCUCCAUGGAUUUCCAUUGGUUCGAAAUUGCACUGCAACUACUGCUGUUCCUUCUGCUCCUAUUGCCCCUCGUCCUGCUCCUCCUCCUCCUCCUCCUCCUCCUCCUCCUCCUCCUCCUCCUCCUACCACCGCCACCACUACUCUACGACUUACUACUACUACUACUACUACUACUACUACUACCACUACUACGACUACUACCACUGCUACUGCUACUACUGCUACUACUGCUACUACUGCUACUACUGCUACUACUGCUACUACUGCUACUACUGCGCUACUAACUGCUACUACUGCUACUACACCACUACCACUACCACCACUACUACCACUACUACCACUACCACUACCACUACCACUACCACUACCACUACCACUACCACUACCACUACCACUACCACUACCACUACCACUACCACUACCACUACCACUACCACUACCACUACCACUACCACUACCACUACCACUACCACUACCACUACCACUACUACUACUACUACUACGACGACUACGACUACCACUGCUACUACUACUACGACUGCUGCUACCACUACUACUACUACUCCUCCUACUACUACUACUACUACUGCUGCUACUCCUGCUACUCCUCCUCCUCCUCCUCCUCCUCCUCGUUCUCCUACUCUUGCUACUCCUGCUACUCCUGCUACUCCUCCUCCUCCUCCUCCUCCUCCUACUCUUGCUACUCCUGCUACUCCUCCUCCUCCUCCUCCUACUACUACUACUACUACUACUACUACUACUGCUGCAUCAUUGUGCCGAGAAAUGA